AUGAAGCCUAGAUUCGUUCCUGGUGCAACUGGCCUAGGCAACUCUGCGACUGAAACCGCUGGACAAGAAGAUGCUACCAGGGAGAUAGCUUUCAAAAGGUGUGUAACGGAACAGUACCAACACGCCUUGCGCUUGAAAAAGAUAAUCAAUAGAGAGGUCACGAAGUGGAACAACGGGGAAUUCGGGGGCAAUAG